CUGAACCCCACAAAACUUUAUUUUUUUCCUGUCACUUUAUUUUUAUACUAUUUUUACCAAGCCGAGAGACAAUCAGUCCAAAAAACAUCUCAUAUCCAAGGUGCUGGCCAAUGUUGAUAAACAACGAUACUGGUGCCGAUGAGCACCGAGAAGGCAAAUUCUCGCGCAUUAUCCGCAAAUGCAACGAUUUCCGCUCCACACCAGCCGCAGUUCUGACAGUAUCGACCUUGGCGGUCUUUGCCGACACAGUAGUCUACGGUCUAAUCGUGCCAUUCCUGCCUGAGAUCCUCCAGGACAAGCUCGGCAUGAGCACAUCUGCAAAUGGCAUUCUAUUCGGCUGCUUCGGCGUUGGGGUAUUGAUCGGAGCACCCAUUUCGGCAUACAUCUCGGACCGCUGGAAUAUCCGCAAAUGGCCCAUGAUCAUCGGUCUUGUGGGCUUGGGCGUCACAUCAGUGCUUUUUGCCCUGGCCAAUGCGUUCUGGCAGCUCGUGGUUGCGCGCUUAGCACAGGGUAUUUCUUCGGGCAUCACCUGGGCAAUCGGACUGGGAAUGAUCGCCGACGUGUACGCCGGUGGUGAAGCCAUAGGCAGGGCAAUGGGGAUAGCGUUUUCGGGGUUCACGCUUGGCUAUCUCGGAGGUCCUGUUUUGGGCGGCGUUAUCUACGGAGCCGGCGGCACACACGCGAUAGCCAUAUUUGUGGCUGGAAUCACUGUGGUCGAUCUGAUAUUCCGCCUGCUGCUGAAGGAGCCCGAGAGUAUUAUGUCGCUGGUUGCGUCGCACAAUGGCUCGUCGGCCAACCUGGAGCUGGAAAUUGCCCAACACGAGAAUAUUUUGGAGAGUAACCUGAGCGCAGUCACGUGCAAUCUGGAGCAGGAAAAUGAUUGCGCUCAGCCAGAAGCUGAUAUCAAGUCACUAUCAGUUCCUGCUCCAUCGCCAGUGGCUAUUAAAAAGAUUGCCUCUAUUGCCAGCUUGGCCAAAUCCAGAAUUCAAGCCGAAGAAACAGCAGCUGGGGAGAUUGCGUUGAAUGGAGUUGAACACAUUGUCCUCAAGGUCGAGCCAACAGAAACCAUUGUGGCGCUGCCCAAGAAGCGCACGACUAUGCUGGACCUCCUCAAGGAAUGGCAAAUCCUGGCAUGCUGCGUGGCAACCAUCACUGUGACGGGCGCAUCGGGAGCAUUCGAGCCCACUUUGCCCAUCCAUUUGGACGAAAAAUACAAUAGCAGCUCGACCAUCAUUGGCGUAGUGUUUAUAUCCAUUGUGGUUCCAAGCGUCAUUGCUGGGCCAAUAGCCGGAAAGUACACAGAGGACGAGCGGCUACUGGCGUGGCUUGCGCCGUAUGGCCGGUUUGGAUUAAUGAUUAUCGGAUCGAUUUUUGCGGCCAUUGCCACUGCGUGCUUGGGCGCAACGCGCAAUAUGGCUGGGCUUGUAGUCAACCUGGCUGUAGUCGGGCUUUUCAGCGGGUGUGCCGCUGUGCCGAUCAUGAGCGCCAUGGGCGUACAUGUGCACAGAAUGGGCGGCGGCGCGUAUGCCAAAGUCUACGCACUAUUUAACAUUGCCUACAGUGUCGGGGUCAUUAUCAUUCCAACGGUGCUGCCGCCGAUCAUGAAAGCCAUUGGAUUUGCCGGGACAAUGGGCGUGACAUCAUCCAUCCUGGUGCUCGGCGCCAUUGUGUUGGCAAUCAAUCCCACGCAUCAGUUGCUCAAAUACGGCCGCUCUGCUUUUAUCGGCGAGAACGCUCGCACGUUUUUGUAAUGUAAUUUUUUAUGUUGCUAGACUAAUUUUUUUAAGGAGUGAGUUUGUUUGCAUUAAUGUCGCAUACUUUUUUUUUAAGACUUUU